CAGGCAGGAGCCACACGAGGCGGGGAUUGGGAGCGAGAGAGAGAUAGAGAGCGGAGGAUUAACGAUCGGACUCGCAGACAGAUCGAGACGAGAAGAAAGAAAUAACGGAAGAAAGAAAAGAAGGAAGGCCGCCUCUGCUGUCUCUUAAUCCUAUUAAUCCUGGCGGAUGCUUCACCCUCUUUCUUCGCCUUCCUCCGCGUUGCCAUGGAGCUUUUCCUCGCCUUUCUGGGCCUAGGCCCCAACCCCAAGGCCUUGAGGGCAGAGACUGUUCAAGAAGAACCGCAGCAAGGCUUCGUCCGGCUCGUAUAGCGACACGCUCCCUGCCUCUGAGCAGAGCCUUGCAUCGACCUAUUUAUUUAUUCGUCGGCCUACCUCAUAUCUGUCUUGGUUUGCAUAUCGAAAGAAAGAGAACGACAUGGAGGCCUUUACGGCGAUGGCGGCAACGACAACGGCGUGGCCCAUAAUCCCCGGGGCGCCGCUGACGCCCUUCCUGUGGCUGCUGGUGCUGGGCUUCCUCAUCGCCUUCGUGCUGGCCUUCUCGGUGGGCGCCAACGACGUGGCCAACUCCUUCGGCACGGCCGUGGGCUCCGGGGUGGUGACUCUACGGCAGGCCUGCAUCCUGGCCUCCAUCUUCGAGACCGUGGGCUCCGUCCUGCUGGGUGCCAAGGUCAGCGAGACCAUCCGCAAGGGCCUCAUCGACGUUGAGAUGUACAACACCACCCAGGAGCUGCUCAUGGCCGGAUCCGUCAGCGCCAUGUUUGGCUCGGCCGUGUGGCAGCUGGCGGCUUCCUUCCUCAGACUUCCCAUUUCUGGAACCCACUGCAUUGUUGGGGCAACGAUCGGCUUCUCGCUGGUGGCCAAAGGGCAGGAAGGGGUCAAGUGGUCCGAGCUGCUGAAAGUCGUAUUAUCCUGGUUCAUCUCUCCCCUGCUGUCUGGUAUUAUGUCUGCUGUCCUGUUCUUCCUCGUCCGAAAGUUCAUUCUUUCCAAGGUGGACCCUGUGCCCAAUGGGCUGCGUGCGCUGCCUGUCUUCUAUGCCUGCACCAUCGGGAUCAACCUCUUCUCUAUCAUGUUCAGCGGGGCGCCUUUGCUGGGCUUUGACAAGCUCCCCCUCUGGGGCAUCAUCCUCAUUUCGGCAGGGAGCGCGGUUGUCUGUGCUCUCGUCGUCUGGUUCUUUGUCUGUCCAAGAAUGAAGAAGAAAAUUGAAAAAGAGAUCAAGUCCAGUCCUUCUGAGAGUCCUUUGAUGAGGAAAAAGAGCAGCCUGAAAGAGCUGGAGGAGCUGAAGCCAGCUGUGAACAGUAGGAUUGAGGAGGAGGAGGAGCGGAUCCCGGCAGCGGAGGUGCCUGUGGUGCUGCACAGAGCCGUCGCGGCGGAGGAGAGGGUGGUCUCCUUCAACCUGGGAGACGCAGAGGAGAUUCCGGAGCGGGAGAGGCUUCCCCGGGUGGAGAUGAAGGAGACCGGCUUUGAAGGCAGAACCGUGCAGUUCCCCAACGGGAACCUGGCCCAGUUCAACCACACGGUUAGCAGCCAGGUGAGCCCAGCCGCCGGGCAUUACCACACGGUCCACAAGGACUCCGGCCUCUACAAGGAGCUGCUCCACAAGCUGCACCUGGCCAAGGUGGGCGACUGCAUGGGGGACUCCGGGGACAAGCCCCUGCGGCGCAACAACAGCUACACCUCCUACACCAUGGCCAUCUGCGGGAUGCCCCUCGACGCCUUCCGACCCAAGGAGCCCGAGCCCAAGGCUGGCGGGGAGGAGGCCGAGAAGCUGGACUCCAAGAAGCGCAUCCGCAUGGACAGCUACACCAGCUACUGCAACGCCGUGGCAGAGACUCACCCGGAGGCGGCGGCUGCAACGGGGGACCCGGAGAUGGGGGCCGGCGACAGGAGGGGCAGCGGGGGCUCCCUGGACGAGUGGCACGACCAGGACAAGCCGGAGGUGUCGCUGCUCUUCCAGUUCCUGCAGAUCCUCACCGCCUGCUUUGGGUCCUUCGCUCACGGAGGCAACGACGUCAGCAACGCGAUUGGCCCUUUGGUUGCCCUGUACCUGGUCUACCAAACAGGUGACGUGUCCUCAAAGGUAGCCAUUCCCAUCUGGCUCCUGCUUUACGGCGGGGUCGGCAUCUGCACUGGCCUUUGGAUCUGGGGCAGAAGGGUCAUCCAGACCAUGGGGAAGGACCUGACUCCCAUCACGCCCUCAAGUGGCUUCAGCAUUGAAUUGGCGUCUGCUUUGACGGUGGUCAUUGCCUCCAACAUCGGCUUGCCUAUCAGCACCACUCACUGCAAGGUGGGCUCGGUCGUGUCGGUGGGCUGGCUGCGGUCCAAGAAGGCAGUGGACUGGCGCCUCUUCCGCAACAUCUUCAUGGCCUGGUUUGUCACGGUCCCCAUCUCGGGUCUCAUCAGCGCGGCCAUCAUGGCGCUCUUCAAGUACCCCAUCCUGGGCGUGUGAGGCCUUGCGCGAGGGGCCGCAUCAGUGUUAGUGCGCGGCUGGAGGGCGGGCGCCUUCUCCUUCGUGCUGUCCCUGCUUCUGUGCGCAGUCUCUCUUUCUCUCUCUGUCUUUCUCUCAGGGAGGAGCCCCUCCUCCUCUGGGCUGUGAAUUAUAUCUUGUCUCGACAUUUCUAUACUGUUUUUUGUACUGAGCUUUAACUUCAUCAUUCAUGUUGUCGAACGUAUCAUUUGUGUUCUCUGAUCUGAAACUCAAGAGCUGGCAAGCACAAUGCGGACAGGGGGAGCCAUCUGGCAGAGCGGUCUGUGUCGGGGGGCUACUUUUAUUAAAGAAAUCCUUUUUAAAUAAGAA